AUGUGUGAGCCGAAGAUCUGCGAGAACACGUCGCCCUCCUCCGUCGCUCGCCACGCUCUCGUGGAGGAGGAGGAGCAGGAUCUCCCUCUUUCUCUGAGCGAGGGCGAGCUCUUCAUGGAGCCCGGCCUCCGCGACAUCGAGUGCCGCAUCCGCGCCGUGGAGCAGCGGUGCAACUUCAAAGUGGCAUCGCAACGGAGGAUCACUGCGAUGUUGCAGCUGCUUGUGGAAGACCAUGCGCGGCUCAUGGACAUGCUUCCUGCGUCCCAAUGCGCCAGUAAGAAGCUGCGCUGCUCGUCCCUACCCGUCCAGCCGCGCGCGGGCACCAACAGCUCCGCCAAGAGCCUGCGGGCCGAGGAGGGCAACAGGCUUCUGAUGGAUUCCCAGCCGCCGCCUCCCAGGCCUCCCAGGAGGAGCACGACGACCUUUCCCAUGAAGGUGCUGCCGGAGGGAGAGCCGGAAGUGAUGGGCUGCAAGACCAGCGGCUCAAGAGGCGAAGCCUUGUCCGUGAAGGAGGUCCUGGCCCGCCAGGCGGCCCAAGCGGCCCAACUGUCCAGCCACGCUUUCGGCGACCACCUGCCGCUGCUGCUUCGGGCCCCGGACUCCCCUUGCGGGCUCUGCUGUUUCAAGCUCUGGAGGGGCCUGCUAGCCCUCUGCGGAGCAGCCGCCUUGUGGGAUUCUCCCCGAACAGAAAGAGCACAGCGAUGCAGGCACUUUUUGCACGUGGCCGCCACCCUCGUCCUUGCAAUGUUCGCAAUUGCGAUAGGACUUCUCCGCUUCGUCAGCUUGGUGCCACAGGAAGUCGAGCCCCUGCGCGAUUUCACCAGAGAUGAGACCAGAUCCAAUCAAUUUUGA